GCCCGAGCCCCUGCAGGAGGGGGCGGGCGGCCCCGUGCGGGCCUCAGAGCGGCGUGAGGGGAGGAAGGAGGAGGACAAAGAUGGCGGCGGCGGACGGGGACGAUUCCCUUUACCCCAUCGCUGUGCUGAUCGAUGAGCUCCGCAACGAGGAUGUGCAGCUCCGCCUGAACAGCAUCAAGAAGCUCUCGACCAUUGCUUUGGCCUUGGGGGUCGAACGCACCCGCAGCGAGCUCCUGCCCUUCCUUACCGACACCAUCUACGAUGAGGACGAGGUGCUGCUGGCGCUGGCAGAGCAGUUGGGAACCUUCACUGCACUGGUCGGGGGGCCGGAAUACGUGCACUGCCUGCUGCCCCCCCUGGAGAGCCUGGCCACGGUGGAGGAGACAGUGGUUCGGGACAAGGCUGUGGAGUCCCUUCGGGCCGUGUCCCAUGAACACUCCCCCCCCGACCUCGAGGGCCACUUUGUGCCCCUGGUCAAGCGCCUGGCGGGGGGAGACUGGUUCACAUCCCGCACGUCAGCCUGCGGCCUCUUCAGUGUGUGCUACCCACGGGUGUCCAGCCCCGUCAAGGCUGAGCUCAGGCAGUACUUCCGCACGCUGUGCUCCGAUGACACCCCCAUGGUUCGCCGCGCGGCCGCUUCCAAGCUUGGGGAAUUCGCCAAGGUCCUGGAGCUGGAGCACGUCAAGAGUGAGAUCAUCCCCAUGUUCUCCAGCCUGGCCUCCGACGAGCAGGACUCGGUGCGGCUGCUGGCGGUUGAGGCCUGCGUGAGCAUCGCGCAGCUGCUGCCGCAGGAGGAGCUGGAGCCUCUGGUCCUGCCCACCCUGCGCCAGGCGGCCGAGGACAAGUCCUGGCGGGUCAGGUACAUGGUGGCCGACAAGUUCACGGAGCUCCAGCGCGCUGUGGGGCCGGAGAUCACCAAGAGUGACCUGGUUGGGGCCUUCCAGAGCCUGAUGAAGGACUGUGAGGCUGAGGUGCGAGCAGCAGCAUCCCAUAAGGUGAAAGAGUUCUGUGAGAACCUGGCCCCCGACUGCCGCGAGGCUGUGAUCAUGGGGCAGAUCCUGCCCUGCAUCAAGGAGCUGGUGUCAGAUGCCAACCAACACGUGAAGUCAGCUCUGGCCUCAGUCAUCAUGGGCCUGUCCCCGAUCCUGGGCAAGGACAACACAGUCGAGCACCUGCUGCCCCUGUUCCUGGCCCAGCUCAAGGACGAGUGCCCGGAGGUUCGCCUGAACAUCAUCUCCAACCUGGACUGUGUGAACGAGGUCAUUGGGAUCAGGCAGCUCUCCCAGUCCCUACUUCCGGCCAUAGUGGAACUGGCCGAGGAUGCCAAGUGGCGAGUGCGGCUGGCGAUCAUUGAGUACAUGCCCCUGCUGGCAGGGCAACUGGGUGUGGAGUUCUUCGAUGAGAAGCUCAACUCGCUCUGCAUGGCCUGGCUGGUUGACCACGUGUACGCCAUCCGGGAGGCCGCCACCAGUAACCUACGCAAACUGGUGGAGCGCUUCGGGCCAGGCUGGGCCCAGGGAACCAUCGUACCCAAGGUGCUGGCCAUGGCUGGGGACCCCAAUUACCUGCACCGCAUGACCACCCUCUUCUGCAUCAAUGUGCUGUCGGAGGCCUGUGGGCCGGAGCUGACGUCGCAGCAGCUGCUGCCCACAGUGCUGCGCAUGGCUGGGGAUGCUGUGGCCAACGUGCGCUUCAAUGUGGCCAAGUCCCUGCAGCGGCUGGGGCCUCUGCUGGACCCUGGGACCCUGCAGGCUGAGGUGAAGCCUGUGCUGGAGAAGCUGACCCAGGACCAGGACGUGGAUGUCAAGUACUUUGCCCAGGAGGCACUGACGGUGCUGGCGCUCGCCUGACCACGCCCCCUCCCUCCCCCCUCCUCCCCCUCCCCCCCCCGCAUGUGCCAUUGGCCCCGCCCCCCUCGUGACGUCACCGUUCAUUCAUUAAACGAGGUUCUAUGUC